CAGUUCUUUCACGCAUUUGAAGUGAUCUCCCAGGCACAUCUUGUUUGGUUAUAAAAAGACCAACAAAGUAGGCACCAGCUACAUACUGGGGAAAUAGAUUUUUGGUAAUUCCUUCGAAGGGACCUCCCCCACCAUUUCGUCCUCUCGUAUUCACAAUCGUACCCUUUCGGCCAUAGCCCAGCAUUUUCACUUAAAUGUUUCCUAGUGCCGAUAUCAGAAGUGCUAUGAUGUUUGUGUUAUCGCAUUAUUCUUUCUGCUUAUUCUAAGUUCACACAUUGCAACAGUUUUAUUUGAUUUUCUUUGAAGGUUCUGAAAUCGAAACGUAAGAACUAAGAUGAAUUUUGAGAUCCUGUUCAAAAUUAUUGGCUUCAUUUUAAACACAUUCCUUUUUACAUUAUCCAAAAUCACUUUUCUCUAUUUAUUGUACCUUCACGAGUACGAAUCAAAAGAAACAUGGACAGCUGCAAUGACAUUAGUGCUUGCUGUGCCCGAAAUUAUUACUUUAGUCAAACUUUUCUGGAGCACGUCUUUUCUCCUCCAUGGCAAAUUAAGCGAAUGGCCGUCGCUGCCAUCUUUUCUAUUAGGUAUCGUCUGCUCUAUAAUGGAAAGCACCGCAUUAAUAUUUUUUCUUAUGAUAGUCAGUCCCAAACUUCAUCCAAUUAUCCUUAUCCCGUUACUAAGCAGUGUGCUUUGCUUGCAGAUAAUUUCACUAUAUUUUAAACAGGGAUCGGUAAGUAUUUAACUAUUUGGAGAUAUCUCAGUUGUUUAAUGCGCACUUGUGUGUGUCCGUUCCUUAACAUUUAUUGAUAUGCAUGUAUAUAAAAAGCCCAGACUGGAUAACGGUUGGAAAAUAAACCAACGUACACUGCAUACAUUAACAUACAUUAACAUAUCUAUUCUAUAUAUCCUUUCCAUGGAUGUGUAUCCAUGUUUCUUGUGAAAAUAUGUGAAGAGUGAUAUUGUACUGUCCAUAGAAGCAUGAUUAUAUAACGGUAUCAUGAAGUUCAAUGACUAUGGUUUAUAAGUUAUAUACACAGACUGUCAAAAUAUAAACUUUAUUCUACAUCUGUAUUGAGUAUUCUUUAUCCGAUUCGUGAAAUCUUUUUACAUUGCAUACAUACAUACAUACAUACAUACUGACAGACAGACAGAGGAAACAAUUCAACAAUAACUGCCUGCUCACGCGUAUAUGUUAGCACUCAGAUGUAUGCAUGUAUUGUGUGAAUGCUUAUAAGCCACACCUAUACAAAUGUGCAUAUCUCUAGUGAAGAUAUAACGAGGAUAUCUACACUAGAAGCAUGGUAUUUGUCUUUGAGCGGUUUAUUGAGAGACCAAAUUCAAUGGUUCCAGACUCCAGAAUUAUGAGGAGAGUUUGAGAGUGUGAGACGAGGGUGAUGUCAUCCGCGAAGUCGAGGCCAGUGAGGUACGAUACUGAACGGCAUGAGCCUUGUCGGAAAUAUAGAGUUAUGCCUUGUUCAAAUACUGUAGCACGCCGUAAUACAUGACCCAAGAUUAUAGUGGAAAGGAAAGGCGCUACGGUGUCCUCUUGGAGUACUCCUGCGAAUGUGACGGUGUCUCCGUCAGGGGUGCAUACGAGACAUUUACUGUUCGCAUAGAUAGAGAAGAUAACAUUUACGACUUCAUUUGGUUUGCUAUUAGCAGAAGGAAUCUGAAACAUUCACUUACGGUGGACAAAGAAAAAUGCUUUGGGGAAAUUCACUAAGUCGGUGCACAAAGACUUACGUUUCUUUGCUGAGAUGGUUCCAAUGAAACGGCGAAGAGUUAAAAUAGGUUUAAGAGUGGAGAGGCCUUUGCGAAAGUUGUUUCGGUUUGAUCUGAGUAGUGUUUCGAUAGGGUUUCGGAUGUAAUGAACAUGAUACAGUUGAGAAAUUUUGCUGAGCAUGACACCAGGCUGAUGCCAUGAUACGAGCCAUAUUCUGGUAGAUCUCGCUUCUUCGGAACAGGAAUGAUGCGGUUCAGCUUGAAUUUCGAUGGAGUUUGAGUGGGGAUGUAAGUAGAAUUUAGAAUAGGAAGAAAUGAAAUGAAGUAAAUCUGGAAGCACACUGCCCACGCCACACGAUUUGCCAGUCUUAAGCUGUUUAGCGUCAGUUAAUGCUUAUCUGAGGGUAAUCUUACCAUUUGGAAUAUUGGUGAGCAGUGAUGGGAUUGGCAUCACAACAAAAUUGUCUGUGUGGGAUGUAUUGCUAUUGAGUAGCUUUUCAAAGUGGGAUUUCCGGACUUCUAGCAGAUCUUGCGGGUUAUUUGGUUUUAUAUUUUUAUAGUUGCUUAGAUUUGCCACCAGACAAGUUAUUUAUAGCUUUCCAGUCUGUGGUGAUUUGUCUGCUGCCAUCUGCUUCUUUCACAAGGUUAAUUUGCUCUUCGAUGUACGCUUUCUGGUUUACAUUGAUCUAAGGCUAAGGACGAGGCUGCUACAGCGUUAAAUGGGA